CCACGAAGCCUUCCGUCCUCAUCAUCUUCUUCUUCCUCUCCUCCUCCUUGAAUUCCUCCUGAGCAGCAGCUCGCCAUGGCUUCUUCUCUUCUCAGGGGCACCACCGCCGCCGCCGCCACCGCCAGCUGCCUCGCCUCGGAGGCCGACGCCGACAGCCUCUGCGCCACCGAGCUCCGCCUCGGCCCGCCCGGCGUCGGCGCCGCCGAGCCGGCGGCCAAGAAGUCGUCGGCCGGCGCGAAGCGCGCGCUCGACAGCACGGACAGCGUCGCCUCCGCGGCCGGGCCUUCCGCCGGCGACGAGAACGACGACGACACCGCCGCGCCUGCCAAGGCACAGGUGGUAGGGUGGCCACCAGUGAGGGCAUACAGGAGGAACACCUUCCAUCAGGCAGCUUCAGCUUCAGCUUCUGCUGCCAAGAAGGGUGGUGAUGAGCAGCAUCAGAAGCAGCAGCAGCAGCAGCAACAGGGAGGAGGGCUGUACGUGAAGGUGAGCAUGGAUGGGGCGCCAUACCUGAGGAAGGUCGACCUGAAGAUGUACAAGGGCUACAGGGAGCUGAGGGAGGCGCUGGACCUGCUCUUCACCAAGUGCCUCUCUUCCACCUCGGAGGGAUGCAGCGACGCCCACUUCGCCAUUGCCUACGAGGACAAGGAUGGUGACCUCAUGCUUGCUGGAGAUGUGCCCUGGGAGUUGCUCUGUGUCUUUUGCAGAAUGUUCAUCUCUUCCUGCAAGAAGCUGAGGAUCAUGAAGGGCUCUGAGGCCAGGUGAUGGUCUGGUGGAUGAUUAAGGGUGCAAUCACAGGCUAAGACACAUGAGGAUGGAUGAUGGAUCAGUGAUCAUGAAUCACAUGGCAUGAGAAGCAUGGGGGUCAAGAAGGGACCAGCGCUAGAAAGAGCCCUGAUCGCUUGUGCUCUUCGUUGCUGUACAGAGAGUUUGGGCAGUGCCUGUUUCAGUGUUUCUGAAUCACCAAGAGGGACAAGAUCUAUGAACUGUGUAUAUAGUCUUUUUAGUUAGGAUCUUUUUUCAGUUUGAGUUUUUGUAUGAGAGAAGUAUGGAAAGAAUAUGAACAAGAGAGAAAUUCGACUUAAGCUUGGUCAUUUCUCUUCACAAAGGUUCCCUGUUUCUUCUGUGUGUUCAUACCAUAAAUAUUGUGCCAAGCCAGUAUUUUGUCA